GUCUGUGCUGUGGAGUCCCGGCAGGCUCUGACCUGCAUGCUAGCGCUCUCUCUCUCUCUCUCUCUCUCUCUCUCUCUCUGCGGUAUAAACGUCUCUUUUAAACCUGAACAGGUAGCAGUGCUAACAGAUCUUUACUUUCUCUGUGAGCCUGGCCUGUCUACAAAGUCUUAUCAAAUGGAUAAUGGAGACUGGGGGCAUAGGAUGACUCACCCAGUCACCUUAAAUGUUGGAGGUCACCUCUACACCACCUCGAUUUCCACGCUGCAGCGGUACCCCGACUCUAUGCUGGGCGCGAUGUUCCGCGGGGACUUACCCACCGCGCGAGACGCUCAAGGAAACUACUUCAUUGACAGGGACGGCACUCUGUUCCGCUACAUACUGAACUUUCUGCGCACAUCAGAACUGACUCUGCCAGGCGACUUCACAGAGAUGGAUCUCCUGCGUAAAGAAGCCGAUUUUUAUCAGAUCGAGCCCUUAAUCCAAUGCCUCAAUGACCCGAAGCCACUCUACCCUCUAGACACCUUCGAACAGGUGGUAGAGCUGUCCAGUACCCGCAAACUCUCCAAGUACUCCAACCCAGUAGCUGUCAUUAUUACUCAGCUGACCAUAACCACUAAAGUGCACUCGCUGCUGGAGGGAAUCUCCAAUAACUUCACGAAGUGGAAUAAACACAUGAUGGACACGAGAGACUGUCAAGUGUCCUUCACCUUCGGACCCUGCGACUACCAUCAGGAGGUAUCUCUCAGGGUUCACCUCAUGGACUACAUCACCAAACAGGGCUUCACGAUCCGAAACACUCGGGUCCACCACAUGAGCGAGCGUGCCAACGAGAACACGGUGGAACACCACUGGACAUUCUGCAGGCUCGCGUACAAAGUAGAAGACUGACCACAGUCCAAACUGUGCGAACCCGCUGAUGCCAAUGCUAUAAGUUUCAUGAAGAUGCAUAUAUUUCAUUGUUUGUUGCGUGACCAAACUCAGUGAUGAGAGGAAAAGGGAAAAUAGUAAUUUUUUUCAUCCUUAAAUAAGAUCACGGUGUUGAUGAGAAGGUUAGGAUGAGUUUUAAUCCACAUGCUGUAGCCCACUGUAGGACCCACAGAUAUGCAGACCACUUUUAAUCAAUCGUGUAGCAAAAUAAUUAUUCAUAUAUUCAGUCUAGAUAAAAAUUCUACAGAGAAUUUGCACUGUGUGCAACCUCACAAUGCUGAAUGCAUGCAUGUUAUAACAUGUUACGUAAUGUAUAUUAAAUUCGUCAAAAUAGA